AUGUUCGAGGUGCGGAUGGCGAAGAAGGCGGUUGCAGUGGCGAAGCUGGGUAGAAGAUCAGACGCCGUAGCUGCAAAGUUGCGCUACGAGCUUGCGAGAAUGAAGCAGGCGCACCUAGCCAGCCUACUUCUGCUCUGGCAUUCAGGGCGAUUGUCCGAUAUUAAGAACCUGGUUCUUAAUUGGGACUUGAGAAAGAAGACAGCUCACGGCAUGCAAUGGGUCAUGGACCCCGUUGAACUUAAGACCAAAUGGCGAGCUGUGGACGCAGACGACCCAGGGAAGAUCCUUCACAAGAAGGUGGCGGAAGCUCUGUCCGAGUUUCUGCGUCGCCACCGGCCCAUUUUGCUGAAAAGCCUUGGCCAAAGAGCCAGGCACAAUGUGAUUUUCCAAGAUGAAGUGUGCACGGUGAGGGCGCAAGCGUGUGCCAGACACUGUUCCCAGGCUACUGGCCGCAGAAUCAAGCCCAUACCUUCGUCCAGCAUACUUUCAAGAAAGUGCCGGGUUGUUCGGAAAGAGUCGUCCGGAAGGCGCUUUCUCAGGCCAUCACUCCGGACCUCAUUCGUGAGCAUGGCGUGCACGAGGCUGCUGUCUUCCAGCAGCUGCACCAUUCCAGAACGAUUCAUGAACAGAAUUACGUCCGGGGACUGCGCAAUUCCCUCAACACACUGCAGGCUGCUCUUUUCCGCCGGGAGUAGAAAGCAACAAGGGCGCUAUAAUCUAGGCAGUCAUGGCUUCUAG